UUCCGCGUCGCAGCCCCGGGAGCUGGAACCUAAGCGGUUGCCGGAGUCCUGGCCCACUUCGGGGCGGGAGCCGGGGCUGGGGCUCGCGGUCAGACCGGGAGCCUGCGCUGAAGCCGCGGGCAUUGACUCCCUGCGAGAUGGACGGGACAGAAGGCAAUGCUGGGCACCUGGGCCCCGCUGAGCGGUCCCAUCGAAGCAGCGUGUCCUCCGUGGGAACCCGAGCAGCUGAUGUGCUGGUGUACCUGGCGGAUGACACAGUGGUGCCCCUGGCCAUGGAGAACCUGCCGUCAGUCAGUGCCCACGAGCUGCACCGGGCUGUCCGUGAGGUCCUGCGGCUCCCGGACAUCGCCCUGGAUGCCUUCGCACUCUGGCUUGUGUCCCCCCUGCUGGAGGUGCAGCUGAAGCCCAAGCACCAGCCCUACAAGCUGGGCCGCCAGUGGCCCGAACUGCUGCUGCGCUUCACGGACGCCCCCGCCGACCACGUGGCCGUGGAUGAGCCUUCCCUGCAGUUCCGAAGGAACGUGUUUUUCCCAAAGCGGCGGGAGCUCCAGAUCCACGAUGAGGAGGUCCUGCGGCUGCUCUACGAGGAGGCCAAAGGCAACGUCCUGGCCGCACGGUACCCGUGUGACCUGGAGGACUGUGAGGCCCUGGGCGCCCUGGUGUGCCGUGUGCAGCUUGGGCCCUACCAGCCGGGCCAGCCCACUGCCUGCACCCUGAGGGAGAAGCUGGACUCCUUCCUCCCCGCCCACCUCUGCAAGCGGGGCCACGGGCUCUUUGCUGCCCUCCGGGGCCGAGGGGCCAAGGCGGGGACAGGCGAGGAGGGCCUGCUGAACGCCUACGGCCAAGUGAAGGAAGCGGUUGGCAGCGACAGCGAGCGCGGGGCCUCCCUGAGCCCCCACUACCGCGCCUACCUCCUCAAGAGCCACGAGCUGCCCUUUUACGGGUGCGCCUUCUUCCAUGGCGAGGUUGACAAGCCGGCCCAGGGCUUUUUGCACCGGGGUGGGCGGAAGCCAGUGGCUGUGGCCAUCAGUCUGGAAGGCGUGCACGUCAUUGACAGCAGGGAGAAGCACGUUCUGCUGGGCCUGCGCUUCCAGGAGCUGUCGUGGGACCACACCUCCCCCGAGGAGGAGGAGUCUGUCCUGUGGCUAGAGUUUGAUGGGGACAACGAGGGCACACCGGUCAACAAGCUCCUCAAGAUCUACUCCAAGCAGGCCGAGCUGAUGAGCAGCCUCAUCGAGUACUGCAUUGAGCUGAACCAGACGUCGGAGCCCGCCGCCCCCCAGGAGAACGUGUCCGGCCCCCCUGCCGCCACUGGCUCCCCGCCGCCCCCCACUCAGCGCCCACCGCUGCGGAGGCAGGGCAGCGUGGUGUGCAGCCGCCUCCAGCAUCUCUCCACCAUCGACUACGUGGAAGAGGGUCAGCAGAUCAAGCGGGUGAAGCCGAAGCGCACCACGUCCUUCUUCAGCCGGCAGCUGUCCACGGCCCAGGGGAGCUACACCGUGGUGCAGCCCACCGACAGCCUGGAGCAGGGCUGAGGGCAGCGGCGCGGGGCAUGGCCGCGGGUCCUGGCCCAGCAGUCUUCUCCCAGACGGGCAGGACCAGGCUGCGGCUCUGGGGUGGGGCGGGAGGGCUACCUCGACAGGGAAGAAGUGGCUUCUGCCUGUGACGGCGCACGGGCCGCACACAGGCUGGUGGGGGACUCGCGCAGGGUCCUCCUUGCAGCCUGCCUGUCCUUCCCCUGGACUCAGCCCCACUGCUGUCUCAGGCCCAUCGGAGGAGGCUCUGGCCGCCCCCUCCCAGCCAGGGACUUGCCCUUGUGCCCCUCUCAAGAUGGACAGUGUCCCCUGCUCUGAAGUCCUCGGUGUCAGCGCUGACGGCAGGGGACCGAUGAAUACGGUUUGGGACCCGUAGGUCCAGUGUGUCCUUGGUCAUUUCCCCGGACUUUGGUGAGCACAUCCCCGCCUUCCUUCUGCCGCGUUCCACCCCCGCUGCCAGUCUGGGCAUGGCCCUAUGGGGCCGGAAGGAGGCCUUCCAGCAGGGACAGAGAGGGUGAAGCCUCCCACUCAUACCCUCUCUGGCUGGAUGGAACUGGAGGGAGCCAGGCGGGGCCCGGCUCGGGGAGCACUCUGUGCCCCUCACUCAGGCCUCGUGGUCAGGACACAUUCUGACCGGAAGGAAAGUGCCUUUUUGCCAGCCUUUGGGGACAACACUGUGCCUGGAGGUGGCUGUCCUAUGGACCAACGUGCCCACCAGACCCAUACUCCACACUUGGGGAGGCUCCCAAACCACCCUGGUCUGCAGGUUUUCGUUUUGCUCUUUUUUCAUCUGCUUCGGUUCCACAAAGCCUGGGAGCUCUGAGGUAACUUGAGGAGGACGCCCCCACCAACCUCGGAGCUGCUGGCUCUCCCUCAAGAUGGCGCCGUGGUGUCCAUCCGCCCGACCCUGGGGGUGGCCCAUGCGCGGGGGACGUCCCAUGCCAGCUGGUCUCCUCUUUCCAGGGACAUUGUAGGGAGGCUGGAUCUGGCGCUGGGUGUAGCCUUUCCCCCUGCUUCACCCUCCUGGCUUCUCCCAGAGGAGCCAGCCUAGAGGAGGUAGAGGACGGCCUUCCCAGCCCCUCUGCGCCUCCGUGGUGGGUCCGUGGCUCUCACGGCGCUUCCUGAGACUUUCUGCAGGGAAGAGGCCGGCCCGGCUCAGCGCUGGGCUCUGCUUUGUCCUCCCUUCCCUAUGGAGUGCCUUGGCAGAGGAAAUGCAAACUGGCCUCCAGGGUCAGAGCCUGCUCCCUCCUCUUCCUUUUGGUGACUUUGGAGUGCUCCAGAUGUUCUGAGCUGGGCUUGCCUCCAGCAGUAGGGACUCUGUUGUUUGUUAAAAUAAAUUGGGGUCCCCAGGCUUUUGGAACGUCCCAGCCAGGGGCCAUCUCGUCUCCCCUCCUGGAGUCACCGGAGCGGCCGCCCAGCCAGCCUGGCACCCAGCCCUCUGGUUCUCUCCUCCCACUCACUGUUUUGACCCAGGUGAAUGUUUAUCUGCAAGGCUGGUGGGUUGGGGGGGUGCUGCUGGCGUGGACACACAUCACUUGUUCUUACUCUUCAGUCUCUCCGCUGUUCUCUGAGCAUCCCUUGUGUGCCAUGACCUUUUCUGCCUGCCCUUUGGGACAAAGCAGUAUUUUACCAAGUGCCCUUUGAAUACUCUCAUUCUUUUGUAUCAUGUGACUUCUUAAUAAUAAAAUAAAUUUCCAACAAAC